AUGGACCGCACCCUGGACAACUCCUUGCCUUGGAUCAUCACCAGCUUCACCCUUCUUCUCGUCCUGCUCUCCCUCAAAUUACUCUUCUUCACCUCUCGGGCCAAGCAGGGUGCUCGAUCAGCGCAUGGCCAGAAUGUCCAGGUAGUCAUCAGUGGUCCGAUGGGCAACGGGAAGACCCAUCUAUGGUCCCGUCUGAUCUACGGAACCGACCGGAUCGAAACGGUGACGAGCAUGGUCGAGAACAGGAUCACUCUCCACUUCGAACGGCAGCUCGUGCUCGAUCAGAAGGAGAGACAAGACUCCUCGGACAGCCCGGCCGUCUGCUUGGUCGACACCCCCGGCCAUCCUCGUCUCAGCUGUCGCUCCUUGGCUCGCAACAUCCCCGAGGCAAGGGGUAUCAUUUUUGUUAUCGAUAGUCAGCUUGGUCUCACUGGAAAAGGAUUGCGGGAUACUGCUGCGGCGCUGGAGCUCGUGCUUUCGUUCCUCCAGCUUCUCCAUUACCGAGAUCCUGAUUCAAAACUCCCUAAACUAUCGAUCCACCUUUCAAAUCCCACUCGAGCUCCGACCCCUUCAUCAUCUCUCAGUGGUGACAAAAGUGCCAUCGUGCAGAAAACGAGGGCAACGCUGACGAAGGAACUCAAUCGGCGUAAGAUCAGCUCGGCUGGCCAUUCCAGCACAACAGGCGCGGGCUUUCGCAAGAGUAGACUGGAAUCACUCGAUGCGAUCCCUUCGUCCGAAUUCAACUCGUUCUUUGACCUCAUCAAGCGUCUUUUCAAGUUCAAUCGAUCUGCUGCUGAUCUCACGACCGGUGAAAACAACACGGGCGGUCUGGUUCAACUCCCAGAAGAAGAAAGCGAAGUAACCCGACUCUUGGAAGAAGAAGAGGACCAGGUGACGGCCGAUCAGAAAACUGCCAGCCCCCUGGAUCGCUACGAAAGAGUCUCUGGUCAUCGGUUGCAUUGGACUAUCUCGGGGCAAGAGGUUGAGAACGAGAUCAACUUGAUCAAAAGGUGGAUGAUCGAGCUAUGA